AUGGCCGAAGCCAGCAGAAACACGUUCAAUUGCAAGGAUGUGGGCAAGAAAGCACUCGAAAAGCCGGUGCUUUUCCACAUCAUACACGUCUCCAACAUCUCCAAAUCACGCUUGAACCAGCUCGAUGAGUGGAAGGAGUUUGACAACCCCAACAACGUGGCAGUGGACCGUCUCACCAAAUCCAGGAAAAUCCGUACAGACAACUACAUCAUCCGCGAGGUCAAUAUGGAAGAAGAUGCUCCUUCUGCUACUUCCAAUCAGACGGGGUUUGACACUUACAAGUUGUUGUUACGAGACAGUGCCAACAACUACUGCUACGGCUACGAAUUCAAGGGUCCUCUUCCAUUUCUCAGAACUGGCAGUCUGGGAACUCCGCUUGGUGUUCCUUUGGGUGGGCGAUUGGUGGUGAAAAAGGGCACAUUGGUACAGAAUGGUGUGCUACUUUUGACCAGACAAGGGUGCGACUAUUUGGGUGUGGACUCCAACGAUACCGAGCUAAUCAACCAGUUGAAUGAUGGCGUUGUUCAGAAGUACAUUGCUAUGUUGGAAGCCGAAUUGAAAGCCAGUUGA